GAAAAUAAGCAUGAGGAGAAGGUCCAGGAUCCUGACAGAGGGGAGGACGAGAACAAGGCAGAGAUGGGGAGCAAAACCUGGGCAGACCUGGCUGGGGAGAUGAAGAUGUUCCUGUGGAACCCGGAGGAGAGGACGUGCCUGGGGAGAACGGCCAAGAGCUGGGGCUUGAUCUUACUGUUUUACUUCAUUUUCUACACAUGCCUGGCAGGAAUGUUUGCCUUUUGCAUGUAUGUGAUGCUGCUGACGCUGAGCCCCUACACACCCACGUACCGGGACCGCGUUUCUCCACCAGGAGUAAUGAUCAGACCGUACUUGAAUGGCUUCACCAUUGCCUUCAACGUUUCUCAACCCAGCACGUGGCAACCCUACGUGGACAGCAUGCACCACUUCCUAGCAGCUUAUGAUGACAAAGUUCAAGAGGAGAAGAAUAUCGAGUGUGUCUCAGGACAGUACUUCAUCCAAGGGGGCAAUGAAAGCGAGGAGAAGAAGGCCUGCCAGUUCAAGCGCUCGCUGCUGCAGAACUGCUCUGGCAUUGAGGACCCAACGUUUGGCUACUCUAAAGGCCAGCCCUGCAUACUGCUGAAGAUGAAUCGGAUCAUAGGCUACCGCCCUGGUGCUGGGGUCCCCGUGAGCGUGGACUGCAAAGUGCAGAAAGGCAAUGAGAGCGAUCUCAGAUCGGUGGACUUCUACCCUGGAAAUGGGACGUUUGAUCUCAUGUAUUAUCCCUACUAUGGCAAGAUCACUCACGUUAACUAUACAUCCCCAUUGGUGGCUAUGCACUUUACAGAUGUGAAGAAGAAUUAUUUGGUUCCUAUUCAGUGCAGUCUGAAUGGGAAAGGUAUCGUCAACGACGUUAACAGCGACCGCUUCCUGGGCCGAAUCAUCUUCACGCUCAGCGUUGGAAAGUAG